UCUUGCGGAGCAGUCCUCUCCGACUCGCAGCAACCGAAUCAAAGAUUCAGAGCUUUUCUCUCUUCUGCUUUCGAAUCAAUGGCCAAGGAAGCUUACGCCGCACGAAACCCAGAUGAGGUUCACAUAGACGUGCUCUCCAAUGCCAGACAAGCUUGCUAUAAGGCUCGGGACGCUUUCUAUGCGUGUGUGGAGAAAGAAUCGGACAAGAAGCAGACCGAAAUCGCAUCGAAGGGCCUGUUGUACGCAGCAGAAUGCAAAGCUUCGAGGGAGGAGUUUGUCAAACACUGCCGUACUUCUUGGGUGAAGCAUUUUGAUGCGCUCUACUGCAAGAACAAGAGUCUGAAGAGGCUUUUGGAUGAUAAGGAUUCGAGGAGAGGUCCGUUGUCACUUCCACAGCCUUACACUUUCAAGCCUACCACCACUGGGGUAUAAAGCUUGACUUGGCCCCUGAAGACUGAAGGAAUCAUCCUGAUCGGUUCCUGGGUUCUUGUUCAAUUCAUUAUCCGGUGGGAGGCGGAGAUCUAUACUGGUUUUGAGGCUUGCAGAGGGGUGGUACCACUUUUGGAAGUCGUCAGUUUUUGGUGUCCAUUUAUGUUUGAAUAAGAAACAUUGGAGAAGAAAGGUGUCUAUACCUGCCGAAAUGUGCUUUUCGCACAAUUUUAUUUUGUAUUAAUUUGAAUGCUUACGUAGUUGUAAUACUUCCCUGUGGUUCUUAAGUUUGAUGUUCUUUACACACCUAAGACAUCUAGGCAAUCGGAAGAAUGAAAUAGGUAGCAUGUGGUCAAUCCCGGUGUUCUGAUCGAAGGUAGCCAUGGAGAGAAUGUAGAGAAUUUCAGAGCUUAGUCAAUAUGAGAAGCUGAGGAUUUUCGGAGCCAAAACAGUCAGUAAACUGGUUAUGAUAAGAAAACUUCAAUUUGUUUA